UAAAUUAUACACAGCAUAAUUCCAUCUAGUACACAUACGAGGUGGCGCGGCGGACAGCUUUGUGCCAAACCAAACUUGUUAUCACUGUGGCACGAAGGCCUUCGAAUGGAGCCUUUCUCGCAUUCAUGGUAGUCCUUAAAUAGUGUGCUCAACUACUCGUAGUAGCUUUACCCGGCUGAGCAGCGACUGAAGCAGCGACAUGAAGGUCGCUCCAGCGCCAGCCUCAGGGCAGCCUGGCGGAGGCAGCAAGAAGCCAUCGGACUAUGGGUGCCAGCUGCACUACAAGCACGCGCGCGUGGUGGAGCCGGAGUCCACCACGGAUGACGGCAUGAAGCGGCUGAAGGACGUGGGCGACAAGGGCACGCUCAUCACGGCGGCGGAGCUGGGGCUGGUGGACAAGUACAGGGACCUCAAACGCGCGGGGCAGGACAUUCUGACGUGCGACUGGCCGUACCACUACAGCUCCAUUCUGUACGCGUGCUACGGCAACCAGUACAAGAUCCUCCAGAUGGUGGAGCGCGAGUUCGUGGGCAGCACCCAGGAGCUGACGGCCAUGCACACCACCCGCUGCUGGGUGGGCAAGAACAGCGCCAUGGUGGCGGCCUACCAGGGCCAUCUGGAGACCAUGUUGUACAUCAUCGACCUGGACAUGCAGGGCAAGUUCACGGAGGACCUGUUCAAGCAACGCGAUGUGAUGGGCAAGAACGCGAUGAUGUGGGCGGCGUCGCAGGGUCACACAGACACCAUUGAGGUGCUGCUGGUGCGCUCGCUGUACAGGCUACUUCCCGAGGACUGCGCCGACCCGCUAGUUCUCAAGACGCGCUGGAAGCUGGUGAGCCUGCUGGCGGACCUGGCCAGCCACUGCAGGGACUACGACCCGGGCUGCAGCCGCAGCUUCUUCCAGGAGGUGCUCGCCAGCAUCAAGUACGACCCCGUUGAGGGCGCCCGGCAGGAGGAGGCGGCGGCGGCCGGCGGCGGCGGCUCGGCGCGUGAGGGCGCAGCGCUGCACGAGCCCACUUGGGGCGUGGACGACGGAGAGGAGGAGGAGCGGCGGCACGGCGUCAAACACAGCGACCUGGUAGGGAAAAGCGCGGCGUCCACGACCGCGGCUGCGGCGGCGGGCGGCAAGACGGCGAGCGGCAAGCCCGGGGAGCCCGGGGGCGGCGGAGCUGUGAAGCUGAAGGACGUGCACAUCACAGUGCGGACACUGCAGGGUGUGAUCGUGUCGGCCUACCGCGCGGGCAUGAAUUGCAUGGGCGUCAUCAUGUAUUGCCAGAGCCUGCUGCAGCAGGCGAGGUACUUUGAUGACCUGGUGGCGCAGCUGACGGCGUGGGAGGUGAAGCUGUUGGACACGUGCCGCAACAAGCAGGAGGUUCAGGCCAUCCUGGCGCCCACCGAGGACGACCCCUCCGAACCGGUGGGAUACGCGCUGGCCACCUUUGACAAGGCCUUCCUCAGCCACAAGUUCGUGCAGCAGAUAUUCACCGAGAAGUGGGACACCAUGGGCGUUACCGACUACACCAAGUCGCUGUUCGGGGUGGUGUGGGGCGGCUGCUCCCUCGUGGUGGCCUUCGCGGCGUGGGCCACCAUCUGCCCGCUGGUGGUCGUGGCCAGGUCGUUCCUGUCCCCGGUGCAGGACUUCAUGAUGCGCGGCAAGGUCAUUGUGGACAGCCGCUUCCCAUGGCACGUGCCGCUGUACCGGUGGCUGUUGACGCAGUGCGCGCUCAUCACCUUCACAGUGCUGCUGUCCUACCUGGUGUUUUCCUUCGACCCCUCCGACCCCGUGCCGGCCUCCGUGGCCCCCCUCAACACCUUCCUGGCGGUGUGGUGCGCCGCCAUCCUGGUGGACGAGGUGCAGGAGUAUGUGGAGGAGGGGCGUGCCGAGUACAUGAGCAGCGGGUGGAACGUCAUGGACGUGACCAUGGCGCUGUCGUACAUCCUGCACUACAUCCUCCGGAUCAUUGCGGUGCGGGUGACCGACAACCUCAACAUCCUGCUGGUGGUGAACGACCUGCUGGCGGCGGCGGCGCUCAUGGCCUGGUUCCGCAUGGUGUCGGUGUUCGAGCUGUCGUCCGCAAUCGGGCCGCUCAUCCAGAUGAUGAAGCAGAUGCUGAUCAAGGACGUGACGCGGUUCGCGCUGCUGGUGCUGGUCAUCCUGCUGGGCUUCAGCGUGGGCAUGGAGGCUCUAUUUCAGGAGGCCUGCAUAGAACGUGACCCCACAACCAACGAGUGCACCAAGUAUACGUCGUGGGGAUACGACUGGCAGAAGGACGGGCUGGUGGGCGGAAUGACCUUCCUGCAGUACAUCGCGCUGGGCAACGCCAACCCGGUGGACUUCGAGCAGAAGCGCGUCACCGGGGUCAUCUUCUACCUCAUCUUCGCCAUCGUGACCGCCAUCCUGCUGCUCAACCUGUUCAUCGCCAUGCUGGCCGACACCUACACGCGCGUGUCCACACAGGCCAUGGUGGAGUUCCGCUACCGCAAGGCUAAACUCAUGGCCUCCUACUCGCGCCGUGACUUCGUGUGUCCGCCGUUCAAUCUGCUCCACCUGGUGUGCGCGGCGGUGGGCAACGGGCUACGGCGGCUGGUGUGGGGCCCGGACGGCUUCACGCCGGUCAGCAUGCGCAAGAACGAGACCGUGCCGCUGUUCAGCUGGUACUUCCCACAGGGUGAGGAGAUGCGGCAGGUGGUGGUGCUGCAGCGGCGGGUCGUGGACGACUUCCUCAACUCCAACCGGGUGGCGCUGUUCCGAGAGAAGCUCAACGCCGAGCUUCCGAACCUGGUGCAUGAGAUGCUGAAGCAGAAGGGCAAGGGUGACGGAGGCGCGCUCGCCGGUGGCGGCGCCGCCGCCAGCACCACGGUGCUUGCCACCGCCGUCAGUGUGACCGCCGCUGCGGGGCACUAGUCUUGGCGCGAGGGUCGCAUAGUGCUGGAGGGUGCGAGCGGAACCGCCCUCGUUUGUAGCGCUGGAAUAAAAGCAGGAAGAGCAGCGCGCCGAAUCUGCUUAUGAUUGAAGAAGGGACACUCUGGUGAGGGACCAUCUGCGAUUCUGCGUUUGGUGGUGGCUUCAUGUUCGCUGUACGGAAUAAGAUCCGGGUGGACUGUUGAUGGCGAGCUGCUCGAAGGAAAUUGCGGCGCGUGCUGUUCAAUGAGCUACUCUGGUCGUACGAGAGGCGGGAUGGGGAGUGGGAAUGAUGUGUAUGGUAUUCAAGUGAGAGUACACGGUACCCCUUUUAGUUUUUACCGUAUGAAUGGCGGUCGCGUGAUUCAUCCAUUGCAUGAACUUGCAUAUCCAUGUACUGAGUUGUGGCGCUCGUAGGGGCUGCGAAGGAAGGCCGGCGGGUGGCUGCAAUGCCGCGCGACCUGUGCACGGGACCGACGGCUGACGGGUGUAAUGGCUGGCCGCUAGCAGCAACCCUGCGCUUCCGGUGAUGUGGGGCUGUUGGCUGGCCCCGUGAUGUGGGGCUGUUGACUGGCGCCGUGCUUGAACGUUGGACAGCAGAAGCGCAGGAUGUAAGCAAGGCUGCAAGGGGAUGCGGGCACGUAGGCACGGUAUGUAUCAGGGCUGUGGGAGAGCCUGCCCGUGUAGCAUGCGGUUGCGGCUGCUAGUGUUGAAGUGAUGAGGGCGCACAGAGCCUAUUAAGCAUUCUAGUGGUUAUGCUGGAGUGCGUUGGUGACUGUGUGUCGGGGUAAAUGAUGGCGCCGACCAAAUAUGGGCGCACGGGAGGUCGUGGCAAGCGUCCGGGAAGACACAGCAAUGGUUAUGUGGGACCGUGCGUUGCCACGCUGCAUCGCAGCAGGCCCAUCUACAAGCUGU